AAACAUUUUAUUUCUUUCAGGAAGCCAUAAAUCAUCUUCAGAGCAUCUUAGACUAAAAAACUUUCAACUGUAUUGAGAAACUUAGAAGACAAACAGUUUUUCCUUUGCUGUCAUUUGAAAGAAAUUGAAGAAGAAAAUAGCAGAGGUAUAAAGUUAUUAUUCAGGAUGAAUGAUGAUAAUUUAGAUGAUAAGAGAGAAAAUGAAUUUCAAACCUUAUUUAUCAGUGAUAAAAAUGGAAAUACAUACACAUACAACCCCAUAUCACCACCUACACACAACUCUUCAACCAGUAAUGUGAACUGGAAUUCUGCCAAUCCAGAGGACAUGGUGGUAGAUUAUGAAACUGACCCUGCUGUGGACAGUGGUGAAAAUAUUUCUUUAAACCACCAGUGUGUUAAAGUACUUCAUGACCAAAAGUCUUCAAGUGAUUUUAUUAGUAAGCAGGUGUUAGAUAUGCAUGAAGAAUCCAUUUUUCAAUCUCCUACACUUGUAAAUGAGAAACCCGACUAUCUGCAUAACAAUUGUUAUUCCCUAGAAGCAGCUCAGGACCAGAGGGUUAAACCAUCUCUGCCUUUUGUGUGGAAGCCUACUGAGGACUUGAACUGUGCAGACUACUCUGCUGCCUUAGAGCUAAACCAAACAUUUGACUUGGAAGUGGAUAAAGUUAAAUGCACCUUUUUAAAACAUCGUGCCAUGGAAGAGAGUCAAUCUUUGCGUACCACUGGAAGGCUGCCACCAACCAGUAGGAGAAGUAGAAAUACAUCUUUAUCCUGUUCCACUUGGACAUCUUCCCCUUCUGACAAGGUACAUGCAAGAGAAACUGGCUAUGAUAGAGGGAGCUUUGAAAACCCCCAAGCCACACCAUCAGAAGCCCCAAACACGACUUACACAGCGUUUUCUGAUGUUGUGAUGCAAACUGAGAUUUUUGUUCCAGAUACUGGAAGGCAGCGUCAGUAUUCUUCAGGAAAGGUCACCAGUGAGAACACAGAUGGGUCACAGCAAAGACUAGUUGGAGAAAAAGAGAUACAAGCUCUAACACCAGUUUCUGAUGGCAUGGAAGUCCCUAGUGGGUCUGUGGUACAAGAGUUCUUUUGUUUAUCUAAAGAUGAACCAAAUAGUGAGACACAUUCACAGAGCUCAUAUGGGCGAAAGGAAAUGGGCCAAAAUCUAAGACAGACAGUGUCUAAUUGUCUUAUUGAUGACGAAUGCCGUUUAGUGGUGCCAGCUUUUGAUGAAAGCAAAGUCCCAGUGCUGAAUCCAGAGCAUAAAGUCACUGUGACUGAAGACACACAAAUGGCCUCUAGUGAAAAAGAUUUGGGAACCCCAAAUCGGACCUCAGAAUUGAUACCAAGUAGCCCACCAGGACAAAAAGUGGUUUCAUCAUUUGAACUGACCUGGGAUGCAAAUGAUAUGGUCAUUAGCAGAGAUAACACAGUUUGCAUGUCAACACCAGUCCUGGAAUCCGUAAAUGUGACCUUUUCUAUUUCACCUAUUGAAGCCAAAGAGAAAUGUAAUAAAGUAGAGAAGAAUAAUCGAGAGAUUAAAAAUUCAUCAAACCUGAAGGAGGCUCCUACGAACAUGUCUAAACCGAAUCUAGGGAAAUCAACAACCAAAGCAAAUACCCCAAUAGGCGGCAAAGUUAGAAAAACUGAAAUUAUAAGUUACCCAAGACCAAACUUCAAGAAUAUCAAAGCAAAAGUUAUGUCUAGACCAGUGUUGCAGUCCAAAGAUGCAACUUUAUCAAAGGUCACACCCAAACCUCAGCUGACCAGUGCCUCAUCACCCUCAGUGUCUUCCUCAAGACAGCCGACAGUUUUGAGCAGAACACCAAGAUCCGACUUGAAUGCAGACACAAAAGCAGAAAUCCUAAUUAACAAGACGCAUAAGCAGCAGUUUAAUAAACUCAUUACUAGCCAGGCUGUGCAUGUUACAACUCAUUCUAAAAAUGCUUCACACAAGGUUCCAAGAACAACAUCUGCCAUGAAAUCGAAUCAGGAAGAGGUUGACAAAGCAAGUUCUUCUAAUUCAGCAUGCGAGACUGGGUCCGUAGCUGUGUUUUUUCAGAAGAUCAAAGGCAUGCUCCCUGUGAAAAUGGAAAGUGCAGAAUGUUUGCAAGUAACAUGUGUCUCCAACAUCGAUGGGAUUAGCUCUGAAAAGAAGGGUGAAAAAGAAAAUGAGACACCUAUGGAAAAACAAGAGCUGAAACAGGACAUUAUGAACGAGACUUUUCAGUAUGGUUCUCUGUUUUUGCGUUCUGCUUCAAAAACGACAACUCCAGGUAGGAAGAUAUCCAAGAUAUCCAAGCCUGACUCCUGCAAUUUGAGGAAAAUACCUGGUCCAAAAGCCAAAGUUGGGCCUUCUGCUUCCUGUUUGAGGCGGAACAGCGACAGUAGAAAUCUCAAUUCUGAUCGAGCCUUAUCGCCCCAGAGGAUCAGGCGUGUGUCCAGUUCUGGAAAACCUACAUUCUUGAAAACUGCACAGCCGUCUUGGGUGAAUUUGCCUAGACCACUUCCUAAAUCCAAAGCAUCUUUGAAAAGCUCUGUGCUGCGGAGGACAGGAAGCAGCCCCUCGAUAGCCAGCACCCACAGUGAUCGGAGUACUCACAGCAAUAAUUCUGGUAAUGCUGCUGUCAUCAAGUAUGAGGAGAAACCUUCAAAACCAGCAUUUCAAAAUGGUUCCUCGGGAUCUUUUUAUUUGAAGCCUUUGGGACCCAAAGCUCAUGUUCACUUGCUAAAAACUCCUCAAAAAGGUCCUUUGAGAAAAACUCUAUUAACAGCUUUUAAUGCAGUUGAAAAGGGCAGGCAAAAGAAUCCCAGGAGUUUAUGUAUCCAGACACAGACGUCUCCAGAUGUGCUGUCCUCUGAAAAAACACUUGAAUUGGCUCAAUAUAAAGCAAAAUUUGAAAACCAAAGUGGAUUUAUCCUGCAGCUCAAGCAGCUUCUUUCCUGUGGCAAUACCAAGUUUGAAGCACUGACAGUUGUGAUCCAGCACCUGCUCUCUGAGCGGGAGGAAGUGCUGAAACAACACAAAACCCUGUCUCAAGAACUUGUUAACCUCCGGGGAGAGCUAGUCACUGCUUCAGCCACCUGCGAGAAAUUAGAAAAAGCCAGGAAUGAGUUACAAACAGCAUAUGAAGGAUUUGUCCAGCAGCACCAGGCUGAAAAAACAGAGCGAGAGAAUCGGCUAAAGGAAUUUUACACCAGGGAGUAUGAAAAGCUUCAGAACACUUACAUCGAAGAGGCAGAGAAGUACAAAGUGCAACUGCAGGAGCAGUUUGACAACUUAAAUGCUGCCCACGAAACCUCUAAGUUGGAAAUUGAAGCUACCCACUCGGAGAAAGUAGAAUUGCUAAAGAAGGCAUAUGAAGCCUCCCUUUCAGAAAUUAAGAAAAGCCAUGAAAUGGAAAAGAAGUCACUUGAAGAUUUACUUUCUGAGAAACAGGAAUCACUAGAGAAACAAAUCAAUGAUCUGAAGAACGAAAAUGAUGCUUUAAAUGAAAAGCUGAAAUUAGAAGAGCAAAAAAGAAUAGCAAGAGAGAAAGCAAAUUUGAAAAAUCCUCAGAUCAUGUACUUGGAGCAAGAAUUAGAAAGCCUGAAAGCUGUGUUAGAGAUCAAGAAUGAGAAAUUGCAUCAGCAAGACAUCAAGUUAAUGAAAAUGGAGAAACUGGUGGACAACAACACAACAUUGGUUGACAAGUUGAAGCGAUUCCAGCAGGAGAACGAGGAAUUAAAAGCUCGGAUGGACAAGCACAUGGCCAUUUCAAGGCAACUUUCUACCGAGCAGGCUGUUUUGCAGGAGUCGCUGGAGAAGGAGUCAAAAGUCAACAAGCGACUCUCCAUGGAGAAUGAAGAGCUUCUGUGGAAGCUGCACAAUGGGGACCUGUGUAGCCCCAAGAGAUCCCCCACCUCCUCGGCCAUCCCUUUCCAGUCACCAAGGAAUUCUGGCUCCUUUCCCAGCCCCAGCGUUUCACCCAGAUGACGCUUCCUGAAAGCUGAGAGACUUGUCUGAAAGCAUUUCGAUACAGGUCUGCAGGACUGACCCUAACCGUGACCAUGGGAGCAAGAGCUAUGCUAGUGUGUGUGUAAUCACCGUAGGAUAACUGGAGAGUUACCACCAUGAGAAUUGGCUACUUCUGAGACUGGAACUCUGGAAGAAAGACCUUUACCUCCGUUCAAAAGACUCCUCCAAAACAGGUUUCGGAAUAGACACAGACAUUGUUGCACAGAGCACUUAAAAGAACGAGAGAAUCUUGUUCGUUGCCUUUUUUCACCUAAGCAUAAGGGGCAAAACUCUCAGGGGCCUAUUAAGAUAAAGAUUUAUAACCUUUAUAAUGUUCUUCACCACAGACACCUUCUUGUGAGUUUUAUUUUGGUCUGACUGUAGGGGGGAAGUGUGAAUGAAAUGGAUGUGACAGAGUGUCAUGUGUCUGGUGCAGCCGCCUUUGCUGUGUAUUAAAAGUCAAAAGCUGAAUAUAUCUAAAUAUGUACUACUCAAAUAAUCCAUGUACACAUUUCAGCAAAAGCCAUAGAAGAAAAAGCAAUAGUUGCUUGAGUUGUGAUUAUUGACUACCAGCUUCACUCAGCCCUGUGACAUGGCGGGAAGAGGGUAUUCCAGGAAAAGCUUUGACUCAUUGAUGUGUAUACAUUCUCUGUAUCUUUUGGGGUAAUUUGUUGGCAAUUUUUCAACGUGUAGCCAUGUCAUUUGAAACUAGCUAGAUUUUUCUGCAGAUUUUUUUACAUCCCACGUGAGCUUAACACUAUUCUAGGUUUUCUCAGGCUAUAAGUAAAUGUAGAACCCUAAUUUUUCUACAAAAAAGAAACCUGUAUAAAGAAAAAGGGCAGAACCAAUGGAUUGUUCUGCCUUAUUUUUACCUUGAUCUAAGCUAUCCUUACAGAUUUAAACUGUUGUCUUCCCUCCCGUUAUCCUCAUUCCCCUAUUCCUUUUGCCACCACCCAGAGCCACAAAAGCAAACCUUCUACCUCCUACCUGCUUUUCUCUAGGACAAGGAUAAAGGAAUAUGCUUUUCCAGAGCCAGCUCAUCUUCAAGGUGCUGAAACCACUUUCCAAAUAGAUUAAGGCCUGGAUCUAAUACUACAAAUUUUGGAAAAGCUGAGAAUAAAGAAUGAGAAAGAGGAAGUCAUUAACUAGUGGAAGAAAGAAAGAUAGAUAGGGUUCAGUGUUUAGAAGCACCAUGAUUAAACCGGUGAUGCAGUAUUUAAUAGACGAGAACAGUCUAGGAAGAUCAUGUUGAUUUUUCAGGUACCCUUUAAGGGACCCUUCUGUCUUUGGGAAGAUAGAAUGGCCAGCUGACCAGUGGAAAAUGUGGCUUGUACCACUCAUCUCAAAGUUACAUUUCGGUUUCUUUCUAGCACUUUUCACCUAAUACCUUCUCCAAUUCUAAGACUUUGGAAAAGGUGGAAGAACUGUGGCUCUUCUUCCUCUCCCUGCAUGUCACAUUGUGAUGUCAGUAUUUACUAAUCUGCAUUCAGUGGCUGUAUAAAUAACUCCUGUAGUAAAAUUCAGGAUACUAGAGGUGGCUAUUUGAGUCAUGUACAUGUACACUACAUAGCAAAUUGAUACUCAUGAUGCAUGUUUUUUUAAUUAGUGAUUGUGUCUAAAGUCUUUAAUUUCCAAUAGUUAAUCAUAGAUGUAACCUUCCAUGUUUGCUUCUGACAAAUGGAAACAGGUUCACUGCCACUUCUUGGACUAUCUCUGCUCAUGCUUCCAAGUUGUUCUCAAUGACAUUAGCCAAAGCUGGGUUUGCCAUUCAUUCCCUAUGUGUGGUAAAUCUUGUGCUGUUCCCUGCUGUCCUCCAUACUGUGUGACUGGGAAAUAAAUCUUACAACAGUUAAUAUAAAAUGUCUUCAGAGGAUGGGAGAGGACAGGAGAGAAGAUAGGAAACAAAAAUAGAGAACUCAAGAUUUUCUUCAAACCAAAUGUCUCAUGUAGGAUGCAAAAUGUUGGCACGUCAUAAAAAUGUGGAUGUGUAAACAAUUGUAGUUGUGCUCAGUUUGUAGUGAUGGAAAGUGUAUUUUACUUUGAUCAAAUAAAUAAUGCUGGAAUAUUCAAUAUAA